GGGCUGACUUGAGGCACUCAUUCCACAGGAGAAAACACACAGACAACCAACCUCAGGCCGACAUGAUGGUGAUGAAGGUGGAAGAGUUGGUCACAGGGAAGAAGAAUGGCAGUGGGGCGACUGGGGAGUUCCUACCUGAGGAUUUCAGAGAUGGGCAGUAUGAAGCUGCUGUUACGUUAGAGAAGCAAGAGGACCUGAAGACACUUCCAGCCCACUCGCUGAGCCUGAGGGAGGAACAGUGGAAAAUUGAGAAAGAGCGAGAGGCGGAGCUCAAGAAGAAAAAACUAGAACAAAGAUCAAAGCUUGAAAAUUUAGAAGACCUUGAAGUCAUCAUUCAACUGAAGAAAAGGAAAAAAUACAGGAAGACUAAAGUUCCAGCUGUAAAGGAACCUGAACCUGAAAUCAUUAUAGAACCUGUGGAUGUGCCUAGGUUCCUGAAGGCUGCCCUGGAGAAUAAACUGCCAGUAGUAGAAAAAUUCUUGUCAGACAAGAACAAUCCAGAUGUCUGUGAUGAGUAUAAACGGACAGCUCUUCACAGAGCAUGCUUAGAAGGACAUUUGGCAAUUGUGGAGAAGUUAAUGGAAGCUGGAGCCCAGAUCGAAUUCCGUGAUAUGCUUGAAUCCACAGCCCUCCACUGGGCAAGCCGUGGAGGAAACCUGGAUGUCUUAAAAUUGCUACUGAAUAAAGGAGCAAAAAUCAGUGCUCGGGAUAAGUUGCUCAGCACGGCGCUGCACGUGGCUGUGAGGACCGGGCACUACGAGUGUGCGGAGCAUCUCAUCGCCUGUGAGGCCGACCUCAAUGCCAAAGACCGAGAAGGAGAUACCCCUCUGCAUGAUGCCGUGAGGCUGAACCGUUACAAGAUGAUCAGACUCCUGAUUAUGUAUGGGGCUGACCUCAACAUCAAGAAUUGUGCUGGGAAGACCCCAGUGGAUCUGGUGCUGCACUGGCAGAAUGGAACCAAGGCAAUAUUCGACAGCCUCAAGGAGAACUCCUACAAAACCUCUCGCAUAGCCUCCUUCUAA